CUCCUUCAUAUCACUCCUUUCCCAACACUCAUAGACCGGUCUCAAGAAGUUCCAUCUCGCCCACAAUGCCUUUACCGAAAGAAGAAUACCUCAGUGAUUCCUGGAAAGAUGGCAUCUUCGCGAAUAAGGUCGUCUUCUGCACGGGAGGCGCUGGCACCAUCUGCAGUGCGCAAGUCCGUGCCCUGGUCCAUCUCGGCGCCAAUGCCUGCAUCAUCGGCCGCAACGUGGAGAAGACCGAGACGGUAGCCCAAGACAUCGCGACCGCUCGUCCGGGCGCCAAGGUCAUCGGCAUCGGGGCCGUGGACGUGCGCAAGGCCGACAGCCUGAAGGACGCGGCUGAGCGCUGCGUCAAGGAGCUGGGUGGGAUUGACUAUGUGAUUGCGGGCGCCGCUGGGAACUUCCUGGCUUCGAUCAACCAGCUGUCGCCCAAUGCGUUCAAGUCGGUCAUCGAUAUCGAUGUCCUCGGGUCUUACAAUACCCUGAAAGCGACGCUGCCGUAUCUGGUCGAGUCGGCUAAGAAGCACCGCGUGGACCCCAAUACUCUCAAGCCAUCGCCGCUGGGUACGGGCGGUCGAAUCAUCUUCGUCAGCGCCACCAUCCACUAUCGGACGAUGCCAUUCCAGACGCACGUCUCGGUGGCCAAGGCGGGUGUCGAUGCUCUAUCGCAUAGUGCGGCCAUUGAGUUUGGUCCAUUGGGCGUGACCUCGAACAUCAUCGCCCCGGGGCCCAUCGGAGCGACCGAGGGCAUGGAUCGUCUACUGCCGACCGAUAACAAGGAGGCCUACAUCAAGUCCCAGCCACUCGGGCGGAUGGGCUCCGUGCGCGACAUUGCCGAUGCCACCGUGUACCUGUUUGCCGAUACAGGCAGUUAUGUCAGCGGGCAGACCCUUGUUGUCGAUGGGGCCUCGUGGCGCAUGACAGCCGGGGGAGCAGCACAGGGUGCCUUCCAAUACCCGGACUUCCUGCUUUCGGGAGACGCUGUUCCUAAUGUCAAGGGGCAGAAGACAUCGAAGCUUUGAUUCCACGGUUAUGGCAGUGGAGACACGGACGUUUUAGAGCUUACGGGGCCAUCGCAAGCAGAUGCGUGAUUUCACCGUGCUUGGUGUAAACAAGAGCUGAUAUUCGACGGCGGAGGCCGAUAGAAGUAAUUGGAGAGGGGCGGGUUAAUGGUAGGAUCUUGUAUAUGGUUGUACGAUCAUGGUACUUUCCAGGGUAGGCAUAGGCAUAGGCAUGUAUAUAUGGCUGAGCGACAUUGUGGC